GGUACAGUAGAAUCUGAUAGUUGCGUAGCACCACACGCACGCGAGUUACGUGUGACACGAGCUUAUAUCUCGCGAGUUUCUCGGCAAUUCAAAGACAUCAUUUUUCAAAUUGUCGUGCUCGGAGCAGUAAGUGGGAAUUAUGGUUGCCGGGGACGUAACUCGGCGAGCGUCGAUCACGGCGCCGUCGAUGCAUCGUCGGCCUUCAGCACGUCGAGGCUCCCUGAUUAAAGGCCCAUCGAACCCGUCUCAGGAAGUUCCAUGGGAUAUCAUCGACCGCUGUGCACUGCCCAUUGUCUUAUGCCACGCCCUCGCCGUCGUACUCUCCACGAUCCUGAACUCCCUGCAUAUCAGUCAAGUGUCGGUCUUCACGCUAUUCUUAUGGUUUGCAAUUUCCGUAACUGGAUCCUUGUGGUUCUACCAUAAUUUACAGGUAACGGCUGCCGGCAAAGCAGUACUUGUCACUGGGUGUGACAAUGUAUUAGGCAACGCACUGGCCCGAAGACUGGACGAUAUGGGAUAUCAUGUGUUUGCUGGCUUUCAAACUAAAGCGGGCAACAUCGAUGCAGAUAUGCUGAAAGAAGAUUGCUCUGGAAGAUUACAUACCCUACAACUUGACAUUACGUCUGAAACCCAGAUCCUAUCGGCCUCCUUGUACAUCGUGGACCAUCUACCAGAGGGCGCCCAGGGUUUGUGGGCAAUUAUUAACUGCGAGUGUUGGUGCGCUUUAGGUGAACUUGAAUGGGUUCCCUUUUCCGUUAUCAAACGAUCCAUGGAUGUCAACCUUUUGGGUCCAGCUCGUCUGGUGCAAGUGAUGCUGCCUCUGGUACGACGUGCUCGCGGUCGUAUUGUACUGGCUUCCUCCAUUUUAACGCACGUCGCGGCCCCUGUACGCGGGGUCCACGCCGCUUCUCUCGCAGCCCUCGACGCUAUGGCUGCCUGUUUGCGUCGUGAGCUCAAGCCACGAGGUGUCGAUGUUGUGGUAGUGGCCGCUGGAGAAUAUACGACAGGUAGCGCUUGGUUAUCCGAAGAGAAACUGCUGGAACAAGCCCGUGAGAUGUGGAAACGACUCAGUGAUGAACAGAAAGGAGCUUAUGGCGAAGACUACUUCGAGCAGGCUCUCCGAAGCCUCGAAAAAUACACUAAAAGCGCUGAUGCCGAUUUAUCAGCGGUUACUCGCGCACUAAGUGACGGUGUGACACGUACGUUCCCGCUGUCUCGCUACACGCCGGUCUCUCCAAGAGAGAAACUGAAGUCUCUACUCGCAGAGCACAUGCCACGCUCCCUCUACGAAGGUCUAUACACAGAUUAAAAAAUAUUUUGCUCAAAUUUUUACAAUGCCAACGAUAAACAACUAUACCGAGCUACUUACGAAAAAUAUUUGAGCUUUGAUUUUUUUGCACCGAUUUUAACAUCGAUAUUUCAAAGAAGAAAUAAUGAAUAUGGUUAAUCCGCAUUGCGCACAGUAUCACACUAAUUAACAAUGAACAUUUUUUUAAUGUCAAAUUUUACAGGAAAUAGUUUAUCAAAGCUACUUUCAUGAGUGAGUAAAUGUUUCAUAGAUGAGAACUUCAACAAACCAAGGCCACGUCUGACGUAGCGAGUGCUAAAAGUUAUUAAUGUUCAUCUAUGAAGAAUUUACAAAGUAUUAAGAAGUAUGUGCAUACGUAAUUCAUUAAAAUUGAACUCGAUACUGCCACGGUAUGAAAUAUAUCAAAGCUAGGCCACUACACAUGAAAGACAAAGUUUCAGAGGCUUACCGGAUGGAAGGAGUUUGCUGAUCGUUUAAGCUGACUUCUAUCCACUUGGACACGUAUUUAUGGAGAGGCUUCGUUUGUGAAAAAUGUUUUUCCGCGGACACUUGAAACGGAUGGGUAAUAUAUAAAUACAAAGCUCGUAAAUUUCCCAGCCGCUCCAUUUCCAUUUACAUGAAAUUUUCACGAGAGUCGCUGCAUUUGACGUAUUCAAUUAAAAGAGAUGCAGACACAAACAAAGGUUUUGAUUUUAAACGGCGCUCACCUUGCAGUGCCCGCGAGAAAAAUACUAUACAUUUAGAAUAAAUACGAACUAUUAUUUUUCAUUGGGUAGCAUAAAUGCUAAUGGGUGUUGAUCUUGAAUAUUUAAAUUAUACAACCAUAAUGUAAAUGAAGAAUCGCGUCGUACACAAAAAUUCUUUGAGGCAACGAUAUAAAUAAAUUUCAACGACAGACUCUUUCAAGCCUAGCUAUUUUUGUUAUAAAUAAAUAAUAAAUAGUGCAUACUAGUAGCCAGGUCGUCUUGUCUUCGGCUUAUAAGUUGGCACUCGAUCAAUUUUGUCACCAUCAUAAAACGCUGAUCCCAUUUCGCAUUUAAACGAACGAACACAAUGAAUAUUUGGUAGGCACUUUUAAAAUAAAACAAUUUAUAAAUUAUAUCUUGAUUUCAUGUACAGCUCUAAAAAUAAUUUAUUGUUUUAUUAUUUGUGUUAAAAGUUAUGCGCUUUAUUUUUGUAGUUAGUUAGACAUGUUUUUCAAAUAUACUUUAGUUUAUCUAUAAGAAACAUUUUAAUCCGAUGUUGUUCAAGUAGAUAAAUAGUGAUUUAAGUUAAUAAAAUGUGUAGGUAAUAGCUCCGGCUAUUAUAUUUUAAUGUUCAUGUUCCUAGAAUAUUGAAUAAUCUUAUAAUAAAUUAGUACACUAGAAAAUGAAUUUGAACCCGAUUUUUUUUGCGUAAAAACUUUGUAACAUACGUUGUAAUUAGUAUACUUAAGUUUUAAGUGUUAUUUGUAGAUUUUGAAUGUCGCUUAUAUUAAAUUAAUAAAAGCACAGCAUUUUUUUUAUAUUCUUGACCUUAAUUUUACUGAAACUAGAACCAGUGUAAGUAUUGUUUGAUAAAUUCUGAAAGUGCUGUACUUUAAAAGUUUUUUUUUUGUUGCUAUGGGUUUGUAACGAAAACCUAUUAGUCUUAACAGCGUGAUUUUAAUGAAUUGUUGUUUUUUUAAUAAA